AUGUAGUAUGCAGGGUCCCUUGUAGUGCGAGUCUGGACCACUAACCAGGGGGUCAGGGCUUCCGUGGGGCGGGCCCUAAGACGGGAUGGGCAAGUCCUCGCACCGGGCGGCACCUCCCAGAGGUGGGCAGAGGGCGGGCGAGGCGAGAGCUCAGCCCACCUCCGGGAAGCUCCACUCCGGCUCCUGCCGGAGGAGGCGGCUCUCGAGGGGCGGGCCGGCUCCACCUCCGGCUCUCCGCGCACCCGCCCGCCACCUCCCAGCUCCCGCAGCUGCGCUGGGGCCUGGAGGCGACGGCGGCGGUGGCGGCGGCUCCACUCCGGGCUGCGCGUCCGGGCGCGAGGCCAAGGCGGGCGGGGGUGGCGCGGGUGUGCGGGGCGGCGGAUCGCGCCGAGGGCGGUGGCCUGCGCCUGCCGAGCCAUGGCGGCCCCGGAGCCAGCGCCUAGGCGGGGCCGGGAGCGGGAGCGGGAGCGGGAGCGGGAGCGGGAGCGGGAAAGGGAGGACGAAAGCGAGGACGAGAGCGACAUCCUGGAGGAAAGCCCGUGUGGCCGCUGGCAAAAGCGGCGGGAGCAGGUGAAUCAAGGGAAUAUGCCAGGGGUCCAGAGCACCUUCCUGGCCAUGGACACAGAGGAGGGCGUGGAGGUGGUGUGGAACGAGUUGCAUUUUGGCAACAGGAAAGCGUUCGCUGCCCACGAGGAGAAGAUCCAGACCAUGUUUGAGCAGCUGGUACUGGUAGACCAUCCCAACAUCGUGAAGCUGCACAAGUACUGGCUGGACGCCUCCGAGUCCCGGGCGCGGGUCAUCUUCAUCACCGAGUACGUGUCCUCGGGCAGCCUCAAGCAGUUCCUCAAAAAGACUAAGAAGAACCACAAGGCUAUGAACGCCCGGGCCUGGAAGCGCUGGUGCACGCAGAUCCUGUCCGCGCUCAGCUUCCUGCACGCCUGCAGCCCCCCUAUCAUCCACGGGAACCUGACAAGCGACACCAUCUUCAUACAGCACAAUGGGCUCAUCAAGAUAGGCUCCGUGUGGCAUCGUAUCUUCUCCAAUGCGCUUCCAGAUGACCUCCGGAGCCCCAUCCUCGCUGAGCGGGAAGAGCAGCGGAACCUGCACUUCUUCCCUCCUGAGUAUGGCGAGGUCGCCGACAGGACUGCUGUGGACAUCUUCUCCUUUGGGAUGUGCGCGCUGGAGAUGGCAGUGCUGGAGAUCCAGGCCAAUGGGGACACACGGGUCACCGAGGAGGCCAUUGCUCGUGCCAGACACUCCCUGAGUGAUGCCAACAUGCGGGAGUUUAUCCUCUCCUGUCUGGCCCGGGACCCUGUUUACCGGCCCUCUGCUCACAACCUCCUCUUCCACCGCGUGCUGUUCGAGGUGCACUCACUAAAGCUCCUGGCUGCCCAUUGCUUCAUCCAGCACCAGUACCUUAUGCCUGAGAAUGUGGUGGAGGAAAAGACCAAGGCCAUGGACCUGCAUGCUGUGCUGGCUGAGAUCCCCCGGCCCCCCCAGCCCCCCAUGCAGUGGCGGUACUCAGAAGUGUCCUUCCUGGAGCUGGACAAGUUUCUGGAGGAUGUGAGGAACGGGAUCUAUCCUCUGAUGAAUUUUGCUGAUGCCCGACCACUAGGACUGCCCAGGGUACUGGCCCCACCCCCUGAGGAGGCCCAGAAGGCUAAGACCCCAACCCCUGAACCCUUUGACUCAGAGACCAGAAAGGUGAUUCACAUGCAGUGUAACCUGGAGAGAAGCGAGGACAAGGCACGCUGGCAUCUUACUCUGCUCUUGGUGCUGGAGGACCGGCUGCACCGGCAGCUCACCUAUGAACUGCUCCCAACUGACAACGCCCAGGACCUGGCCUCCGAACUUGUGCACUACGGCUUUGUCCACGAGGAUGACCGGACCAAGCUGGCUGCCUUCCUGGAGAGCACUUUCCUCAAGUACCGGGGGGCCCAGCCCUGACCUUACACCCCCAGUCCUAGGGGGGGCAGCCCUGGAGUACCCAAGGGGUACUCAGCUUUGGCCUGGUUGGGGCAGCCAGAGGAUUUCUGCCUGUGUGCCUGGUGGGGGGGGGGGGGUGAUAACCAAGCACCCUGCUAGUGAGAAACCUUCUGUGACUUCCAGCGUGUCCCAGGGGACACAUGCCUUUACAUUAGGAUCACACACAUACACCCCCAACUCGGAUUCCACAUCUCAGCACCCCUCCCACAUGCUCUAUGUCCUGGCCACUCCCAUCCCUCAGCAGGGGGGUACCCUACAGAAAGCCUUGAUGCUGGGGGGGAGUGGGGGGGGAGCAGCUUAGAUAGGUGUCUGCCCCAGAGGUGUUCCAGCCCCAGUUGAUACCACAGAUCCCAGCAAGGAGCCCCCACCUGGAGCCAAUGGUGAAGUGCCUGCGAAAGCGUACCAGUGCAGUACUGGGCUGGCAGGGCCCCAGCGGGAGCAGCAAAAUGGACACAGGGACACUGCACAGAGCCCCAGUCCCUGGCCUCUCGGGACCCCAGCACCUCCACCCACCACAGACCUGCCCCAGAGCCCCCAUCUGACUUCCCAUCCACCUGGCCAAGACAGCGAGCUGCCAGGACCUACCACGGACAAGUUCCCGCCCCCCUUGGUUGCUCCAAAGGGCCGUUUUGGGGCCUGUACCCAAAGUUAUAGGGGUCAGGCUCCAGGAUCUCUGCUACCACCUAUGAUCUGGUUUUCUUGGAUUGCCUCCCCUCCAUUUCUACACUGGGUUAAGCACUUCCCAGUACUGUAAAUUGCAUGGGUACACUCAGGACACUUGGGCUGGUCUCUAAGCGUUUCCCCACGUCAGAACAGGAAGACUCCCCACCCUGUUAGUGCUCCACUGCUGCUGUGCAAAUUGGCUGCACAUUUAGCAAACUUCUUUGUUAGGCUCUGGAGUCUGGCCCACACUGCAGUCCAGGAGCAAGGCUGCAUUCCUUCUGGAAGUUCUAGGGAGAAAGAGGUACUGGGCAUGCCCUCAUUCUUUGCAGCAUUCACUGGUAGCCCAUCUUCCUGCCUGCUGGGGAGGAAGGCCAUUUUCAGAGGUGCCUACAUCCCUUGGCUCACAGCAUCAUCCUCUUCCUCCAAAGCCACCAGAAGCAGGUCAAUUCUCUUUCGUGAACCAUCUAUCUCAUUUCCCACAGUGAGGGAGCGCAUUGUGGAAUUGGGUUGGAUCCACCAGGAUAAUCUCCCUAUCUCAAGGUCCUUGAUCUUAAUGAAAUCUACAAAAAUACCUCCUGCCAUACCAUAUAAAAGUAACUGUCAGAGAUUAUAGAGGUUGGGUCACCAAUAUCUUUCAGGGGAGUCAGCGAUGUCAUCACUUCACUUCCCAUAUCACUCUCACCCCCAAAUUUAAACAAAACAACUUUACCAAGGCUAGCAAAUAAAUUUAACAUGCAAACAUAGUGAGUCUCUAAAUAUCCCAGUGCUCUAGAAAAAAAAAAUCUUUCAAAUUCUCACAUCUUCCAACUUAAAAAUGACAUACCUAAAUUAACCUGCAUAGUUAGGGAUCCUGAUGCUAAACUGUCUGAUUCUAAAUCAUCUUAAAUGGUUGGAGUGGCAAAUGCAUAGCAGAUUGUGCCAGUGAUUAAACUGAACUUCAAAGUAGCACUACAAGGCUGGGAAGAUAGCUCAGAGGUAGAACAUAGGACUUGAAAGCCUGAGGGUCCAGGUUCAAUGCCUGGUAUCACCAUUUACCAGAGCUGAGUAGUGCUCUGGUCUCUUGCUCAUAAAAAUAAAGAAAUCUUUUUAAAAAUA